CCUGUAUGCUGUGGUUGUAUAACCUCAAAACUAACAGAACAGGAUGCUCUGUGUGUACAGUCUGUCAGUAACAGUAGGGUUAGGUUCAGUCUACUCCAUCAUGUCAGGAUGCUGUAUGUACAGUCUGUCAGUAACAGUAGGGUUAGGUUCAGUCUACUCCAUCAUGUCAGGAUGCUGUAUGUACAGUCUGUCAGUAACAGUAGGGUUAGGUUCAGUCUACUCCAUCAUGUCAGGAUGCUGUAUGUACAGUCUGUCAGUAACAGUAGGGUUAGGUUCAGUCUACUCCAUCAUGUCAGGAUGCUGUAUGUACAGUCUGUCAGUAACAGUAGGGUUAGGUUCAGUCUACUCCAUCAUGUCAGGAUGCUGUAUGUACAGUCUGUCAGUAACAGUAGGGUUAGGUUCAGUCUACUCCAUCAUGUCAGGAUGCUGUAUGUACAGUCUGUCAGUAACAGUAGGGUUAGGUUCAGUCUACUCCAUCAUGUCAGGAUGCUGUAUGUACAGUCUGUCAGUAACAGUAGGGUUAGGUUCAGUCUACUCCAUCAUGUCAGGAUGCUGUAUGUACAGUCUGUCAGUAACAGUAGGGUUAGGUUCAGUCUACUCCAUCAUGUCAGGAUGCUGUAUGUACAGUCUGUCAGUAACAGUAGGGUUAGGUUCAGUCUACUCCAUCAUGUCAGGAUGCUGUAUGUACAGUCUGUCAGUAACAGUAGGGUUAGGUUCAGUCUACUCCAUCAUGUCAGGAUGCUGUAUGUACAGUCUGUCAGUAACAGUAGGGUUAGGUUCAGUCUACUCCAUCAUGCCAGGAUGCUGUAUGUACAGUCUGUCAGUAACAGCAGGGUUAGGUUCAGUCUACUCCAUCAUGUCAGGAUGCUGUAUGUACAGUCUGUCAGUAACAGUAGGGUUAGGUUCAGUCUACUCCAUCAUGUCAGGAUGCUGUAUGUACAGUCUGUCAGUAACAGUAGGGUUAGGUUCAGUCUACUCCAUCAUGUCAGGAUGCUGUAUGUACAGUCUGUCAGUAACAGUAGGGUUAGGUUCAGUCUACUCCAUCAUGUCAGGAUGCUGUAUGUACAGUCUGUCAGUAACAGUAGGGUUAGGUUCAGUCUACUCCAUCAUGCCAGGAUGCUGUAUGUACAGUCUGUCAGUAACAGCAGGGUUAGGUUCAGUCUACUCCAUCAUGUCAGGAUGCUGUAUGUACAGUCUGUCAGUAACAGUAGGGUUAGGUUCAGUCUACUCCAUCAUGUCAGGAUGCUGUAUGUACAGUCUGUCAGUAACAGUAGGGUUAGGUUCAGUCUACUCCAUCAUGUCAGGAUGCUGUAUGUACAGUCUGUCAGUAACAGUAGGGUUAGGUUCAGUCUACUCCAUCAUGUCAGGAUGCUGUAUGUACAGUCUGUCAGUAACAGUAGGGUUAGGUUCAGUCUACUCCAUCAUGUCAGGAUGCUGUAUGUACAGUCUGUCAGUAACAGUAGGGUUAGGUUCAGUCUACUCCAUCAUGUCAGGAUGCUGUAUGUACAGUCUGUCAGUAACAGUAGGGUUAGGUUCAGUCUACUCCAUCAUGUCAGGAUGCAUUAUGUACAGUCUGUCAGUAACAGUAGGGUUAGGUUCAGUCUACUCCAUCAUGUCAGGAUGCUGUAUGUACAGUCUGUCAGUAACAGUAUAGUUAGGUCCAGUCUACUCCAU